GAAUUUAGGCGAAAAGCGGGUUACAUCUUUAACUAAUCACCAGUGUAUCCACAGUAGUUGUCAGGUUUUGUAAAAAUCAAUUAUUAAACACCGAAAGACUGCUUGCUCCGCUGGUGACAAAGAACGGGACGAAAGUCGAGUGAGGUGACGCCUCGAUCGGCCAACAGCUGAGUACUGACCCGGUUAGGCUCCAAGAUGGGGGUGGGAUUUCCCCGAUCUUUCCUGCCAUUGGUUAAUAUUUUAUUCUGUUGACAUGUUUUCUCACUGCUAAUGCGUCCGACACCUCCUUGUCCCUACUCUUAUAGACUCCGACCAGAGCUGUCAGAGCCACGCCUGCAGAGGCCCACAAUUGGUCCAGAAAGCGUAAAAUCAGCAAUCAAAUGGGCUUGGUUCAUUAGAAUGAGGGUUGAGGCAGGAAAGAUAUGUGAGAUAGUCACAGCCCCGCAGCGAGCGGGGACACGUCUCUCCUGACAGUGUGGGAUGACUGAAGCAAAGGAACGGUUCACUUCUUCCAAAGGGAGACCGCGCAACCGGGAUCUGGCUGCGCUCCGCGGAUCAGACUAAAGAACGAGCAAUAGAGACUGAAAAUAAAUCGAGGAGAGAAACUCCGGGAUGUUUGUGCAAUAUGCAGUGUAACUGACGAGGCCACUGUACUAAAACUGAUCGAGGUAUAAUAGAUCGCGCUUUAAGAACCAUUUUCAUGUAGUAUUUUUUUUUUGAUGCACCGAUGAGAGAUCCAGCUUUUACGGGGACUGAAAUGGCUUAUCACCCUUUCCACGCUCACCGGCCGACCGACUUCCCCAUGUCCGCUUUCUUAGCGGCCGCGCAGCCCUCUUUCUUUCCAGCGCUCAGCCUUCCCCCCGGGGCACUCUCCAAAUCUAUCUCGGAACACGGUUUGGCUGGGACGGAAACGGGACUCCACCCGGCGCUGAGCCACCACCCGGCUGCUCAACUCCGCAGUCUAAAAACCUUGGAGCCCGAAGAGGAAGUGGACGAUGAUCCCAAAGUUACCUUGGAAGCCAAGGAUCUUUGGGACCAGUUUCAUAAACUUGGCACGGAAAUGGUUAUUACGAAGUCUGGACGGAGGAUGUUUCCACCUUUCAAAGUGCGAAUAAAUGGGCUUGAUAAAAAAGCAAAAUACAUUUUGCUAAUGGACAUCGUGGCUGCGGAUGACUGCCGCUACAAGUUCCACAACUCUCGCUGGAUGGUCGCGGGCAAGGCCGACCCAGAGAUGCCCAAGAGAAUGUACAUCCACCCGGACAGUCCAGCCACUGGCGAGCAGUGGAUGGCCAAGCCUGUUGCUUUUCAUAAACUCAAGCUCACGAAUAACAUCUCGGACAAGCACGGAUUUACCAUCCUAAAUUCAAUGCACAAGUACCAGCCCAGAUUCCACAUCGUGCGGGCUAACGACAUACUGAAGCUCCCUUAUAGCACAUUUAGGACGUACGUCUUUCCGGAGACCGAGUUUGUGGCUGUGACAGCAUAUCAAAACGACAAGAUAACACAACUUAAGAUCGACAACAAUCCAUUUGCCAAAGGAUUUAGAGACACUGGGAACGGAAGACGGGAGAAAAGGAAACAACUAACUAUGCCAUCACUGCGAAUGUUUGAGGACCAGGGCAAGGAUGGCGUGGACUCAGACGCAUCAAGCGAAACUCCCACUGCUCGUGACGCCAUCAAUUCCCCAAUUGGAGCGGGCACAAGCCCGCAGCGAUUCAACAGGCCGAGCCAAGAUGAGAAAGCAUGCAGUGACAGUGAGCAGGAACUUGAAAAUCAUGGCGAGCGCUGCACAAGCUCCAACAGCCUGGGGACUGAACCUGUGUCCCCCUAUAGUUCUCGAUGUGAGGAGCAGAUAAGAGAAAGGCAUGAUAUGGAUAAGAAAGAUGACCCUAUUUUAAAUGUAAGGAGCCUGGUGAAAGACAAAGCCGAAAGCAGGCAUCGGAAGGACAUUGCAGAUAUGUUGAUAAAGGACACCUCCUCCCCACUCAUGCUCCAGGCCGAAAGCCCUCCACACUUCAACCCAGGUCAUUUACAAAGCCUGGCACUGUCUGGCCUACACAGCCAACAGUUCUUUAACCCUCUAAACACCGGAUCACCGCUUUUGUUUCACCCCGGGCAGUUUGCCAUGACCCCUGGGGCCCUUUCCGCUAUGGGAAUGGGGCAUUUACUGGCCUCUGUAUCUGGAGCAAGUGGUUUGGAAAAUAGCAACCUCUCUUCUCAAGGGACAGGAGGAACCACCAAUGCCUUCCCCUUCCAUUUGUCUCAGCAUAUGCUUGCUUCUCAGGGCAUCCCCAUGCCUCAGUUUGGGGGUCUCUUUCCCUACCCCUACACCUACAUGGCAGCAGCUGCAGCUGCAGCUUCCGCCCUCCCUGCAACGAGCACCUGCAGCCCACUAUCCAGAAACCCUUUUCUCGUCACAUCUCGACCACGGCUCCGCUUCAACCCCUACCAGCCCCCAUUGUCUUUGUCUCAGGGCUCCAGCCUCCUCACAACCAACCUACAAUGUAGCCUCAACCCGAGCUCUGAAUCAUCCAAACCGUGCAGCAGGGAGACCAGCCCAGCCCUAGAAAACAACAGCCACAACAAGAAUGGGGGAUCUUGCGGGAGGGGCACAUCCCCCAAAACAAAAGACUCUCUGAAUGAAUUACAGAAUAUCCAGAGACUUGUGAGUGGCCUGGAAGGCCAGAGGGAUCUAUCUCCAGCAGAAAAUUCUCCAAAGUGAUACCCCACUCAGUUUGGGAUGUCUUGGCUUGCAGACUGAGGAUUAUUCUGUUAUUUGCAGCACACAACAAAAAAACAUGGGUGAUGGUUUGACUGAUAAUUGCUUUUGGAACAAUUCUACAUUUGUCAGAAGCCAACCCAUCAACCUCCGAUAUUGAAAUGGAAAGCUUAUACCAAACCAUUUCCUCCCAAUUUUUGUCCCCAAACUGAAUCUUCCUGACAGUCACCUCCAAAUACUUGAACAUUACACGGUAUUUGGGUCGUUGGAUUUGGUUUGGCCACAUAUAAAACUAAACAACAACAAAAGAAACAAACAAAAACGACAACAAAGGUGUCCAGCUCGAGGUCACGGGCCUUUAUCUGUUUUCAAGGGCAAUUUGUAUUCAAGAGAAAAGGGGUUUCUGAUCUAUUUAUGUGAUGUAAAAUUAAAUAAAUCUGUAAAUAACUAAGAUUCAAUAAUAUGCAAUUGGUAUUAAUUUAUUGAAGUCUGUGUACUAGUGUGUAUAUAUUUUGAAUAUAAAACUUUGCUAUUCAACCACACUCCAUUAUAUGAAGCCUGUUGAGCAAUUUAAAAUGUGUGUUAUGAGGACUCGCUGAAUAUGGGGCAUGCGUGCCAUAUUUGUUCAAUACUAUAUCCAGCGAUAUUUUUCGGGGAAGGAGAGAAAGGUUCAUGUCAUUUAAAACACCUCAGGUUACUUCACUCCAUUCAGGCGAUUGGUAAUCAAAACAAUUCCUUAUUUAAAGGUGUGUCUUUUAAUGGAUAUAUUUAAAUGUUUUUGCUCACCCUGGUUGUCCAUUUUUUUCCGAUUGUCUCACAAUUUUUAAUAAAAAUGUUGUGUUGUUAAAA